AUGGCAACGAGUGUGUCAGUCGACAGCCGUGGAGCAAUUGCAUCAUCAGAAACGAAAACGGCUGCAUCAUCGUCAUCGCAGGUGUUGCGAAAUCGUCUUCGUACGACAACGGAUCUCCGAAAAGCGUUCGAUUUCGACCAGAAGCCGCUUAGCGGAUUGGUGCUGAACUUUAGCCAUCACUGCUAUAGCUACCCUUUCUAG